GGGGUUUGCCUCUGGUGCUCGAUGUGUUCCAUUUGGAAGCUAAGAUACCCGGGCGGCCAGGUGAAGAUACUGCUGCAGAGUUAAUUGCAGAGAGCUGAUCGAGAGUCUAUAAACUACAAUGUGACUACGGUACCGUAACUCUAACUAAUUAACUGAGUGCAGUUUUGAGACUGUGGUGCAGUAAGAAGUAGACAGUAGAGUUCGAGUAUGGCUGACAUCAGCAACAAGCUGGCAGGUGUCCACUACUACGCCCGGGAGAGGUACUUCCGUAAGGUGGCCCUUUGUGUGCUGGAGGUGGUGAAAGAGUGUGGGGCUGACCCACUCCUUACCUUCUGGAAGGGAUACUCCACCAUCAUGGAAGAUCGUCUGUCUGAAGGCAUGCGUGAGUUGGUGCCGAUUGUUGACCGGAGGGAUGUGGUGUUGUGUGCUCCUCUCCUACUCAUCUAUGCCCACAGAAAGUGCACUCCAGUUGACCGUGAGGCUAUCCAGAAGCUAGAGGCUCAAGUUCGAACAGUGAGAACCACAUGUGGGGAGAAGGCGCUAUACAAUGCGAGCAUGUUCCUAUGGCUGUCUGGUAGGAACGACAAAGCUAGGGAGUACAUUGACAAACUGCUCAAGAUGGCACCCAACUCAACAGAGGGGCUGGUAUUAAAGGGGUGGAUUGACCUCACCUCAGCCAGAGAAGCACUUGCCAAGAAAUCUAUCAACUUCUUUGACAAAGCUCUUGCUAGCCCCGAGGAGCCUAAACCAGUGGACGCCCUUUUUGGAAAGGCCAAGUUCCUUUUGCUACGAUGCAACUUUAGCCUCUCGCUUGAGAUGCUCAAUCAAGCGGUGGCCAGCUAUCCUGGGUUCCUACCACCUCUGAUGGAGAAGAUGAAGGUUCUGUUAGCACUGCAAGACUGGGAGCAAGCCGUCGACACCGCUCGCAGAUGCCUGAGUGUGGAUGUGAACUGCAUAGAGGCUCAGCGUCUGCUGGCCCUUUCCCUCUUGUCCCGGGACGGUGACUUCAAUGAAGCUGCUGAGAAGAUCUCAGGACUAGUCCAGUUAGUGGACCGCUGUGAGCCCAGUAACCAUGGCCUCUACUAUGACACUUCACUAGCCCUCGCACGACUGUCUGAUGGUAACAGGCUGGUUCUCCAGCAAACUAUGACUCUAGUAGAGAGAGCCAUCUCACUGGCACCCUCCAAUUCACUCUACAUCACGGAGCUUGCCUAUCAGCACCGGUUGAACGGUCAGAGUAAGGAGUCUCUGCAGACGUAUCGUAAGGCCUUCAAUAUGGACGAGACCAGUGUGUCUGCCCUGGCUGGCAUUAUCUACUGUCAGAUCACUGACCGUCAGAUCGGGGAGGCGGAGCAACAGCUGGAAUUCCUUAAUGAGGUCCAGUCUAGUAUAGGCAAGCAGUCUGAGCUGAUCUUCCUGCAUGCCCUGUUGGGUCAACAGAAGCAGCGGCCAGUGACAGAGGUGCUGGCUAGCCUGGAGGAAGCAUUAGACGUUCAUGCCAACACUGUCAAGGGCACCCCACUGAGUGACAAGUACUACCAGCUGAUCAACCCGCACUUCCUCCAUCAGAUUGCCACCACCAUGAUGGCCUAUGCACCCACUGAGCCUGCAUCCUCCCCUUCUCAAGUAGCCUUAGUCCUGCGUAAGGCCGUCAGACCAGUGGACAUGGUGCUCAAAUGUGCACCAGGUAUGCUCAGAACUCUAUUCCUCUUGGCAAAGAUCAGAUUCCUAUCAGGUGAUGUUGAGGCCUCAGCAACGUUAGUGCAGCGCUGCAUGGAGCAGGACAGCAGCUCAAUGGAGAGCCACCUCCUCAUGGCACAGAUACACUUACAACAGGGCAACACCCAACAGUGCUCCAACUCUCUCGAGAUGGCACUCAGCAGCAACUUUGAGGUCCAGAGCUAUGCUGUCUACCACUUGGUGAAGGCUCUGGCAGAGAAGCAAAGUGGCUCUCUGGAUGGUUCUCUCUCGUCUCUUCAAACAGCCCUCCAACUCAUCUCCUCCAAACGUCCGGGCAAGUCCCUCCUUCCCCCCCUCAGCCCUAGUGAGACAGUGACUGUGUAUCUGGAGUUGGUACAGGUGCACACUAAGCUAGGACACACCCACGAGGCUGCCAAAGUCAUGCAAGAUGCCAUCAAUACGUUUGCUGGCAACCCCGAGGAAGUCAGGAUAGCAAUAGCGAAUGCAGACCUUGCCCUGGCCAGGGGGGACAGUGACCAGGCACUGGCUCUGCUCAAGACCAUUACUGAUGACAAGCCCUACUACAUACAGGCGGUGGAAAAGAUGGCACAGAUCUACCAUAGGGACAGGAAAGACAAGAAGAUGUAUGUGGCGUGCUACAAGGAUCUGUGUGAGAAGUUACCAGGGCCACCAACCUCACUGCUCCUAGGAGAUGCCUACAUGAAUGUACAGGAGCCUGAGCUAGCCGUGUCAGUAUACGAAUCAGCCUUGAAGGCCAAUCCUCGCGACGGUAUCCUGGCCAGUAAAGUGGGGCAAGCACUCGUCAAGACACACCAUUACAACAAGGCCAUCAAUUAUUACGAGGCAGCCCUCAAGACAGCCAACCAGCAAUUCCUCAGAGGAGACCUGGCAGAGCUUUAUCUGAAGCUCAAACACUACGAUAGAGCAGAGAAGACUCUCUUGGUGGCACUUGACCACAAGGAUCAAGAGAGCACAGAUCUGGCUACUAUGAUGGAAGAUGUCCGGUACCAGCUGCUGCUAGCCAAGGUACACCAACGAGCCACACGACCAGUCCAAGCACUCGCUGCUCUCUCCAAUGCCGGGGAAAUCCAAUUGACAGUGCUGAAGAGAGUUGGAGUUGAGCAGCCUGAUACUCUUCCAGCACAAAAGCUGCUUGCAGCAAAGAUUUGUGGUCAGGUGGCAGAUCACUUUGUAGGUGAUAGAAAAUUUGCAGACGCUCAGCGACUGUACAGAGACGCUCUAUCCUUUGAUGAGAGCUACUCCGAGGCACGGAUAGCACUUGCUCAUCUACACUUACAGAAGGGAGAAUUAGACGCCUGUGAACAGGAGUGUGUGACACUGCUUAGAACAGACCCGGAUAAUGAGAGAGCCUCUGUGAUGAGGGCAGACCUUCUAUUUCGUAAAGAGGACUACGCUAGGGCUGCAGGGCACUUUCAAGACAUUUUAAGAAAGAAACCCGACCAUUUUCAGGCAUUGGCUGGGCUCAUAGAGCUAAACAGGAGGGCUGGUGAGCUGGAGAGCAGCUCCCACUAUCUGGAGGAGGCCAACAAGGCAUGUGCCAGGUCAGCCUAUCAGCCAGGCCUCAGCUACUGUAAGGGACUCAUGAAACGGUACCAGCACUCCAUGAACGAAGCCCUACACUGCUUCAACCAGGCGCGUAAGGACAGUGAGUGGGGGGAGACGGCCCUGUUUUCAAUGGUGGAGAUAUGCCUCAACCCGGAGAAUGAGAUGCUUGGAGGAGAGACCUUCAAGUCUGUGGAGGGAGUCAGCUCAGGUUCUAACGAAGAGGACCACCAGAUGGCCGUGAAGACAGCUGAGAAGUUACUAAAAGAGGUGCAUCCCAAGUCCCCCAAGUCUGAGACUAGAGUCCUGGUACUAGAGAACUACACACUCCUGGCCACCAAGACCAAACAAAACGCUGAGAGGGCUCUCGAGAGAUUUAUGGAAAUGGCUGCAGCGGAGCGAGACAGUGUGCCUGUACUGCUUGGCAUAGCGACAGCUCACAUGAUCCUCAAGCAGACACCCCGGGCCAGAAACCAACUGAAAAGGGUCUCCAAGAUGACCUGGACCUCUGAAGAAGCUGAGGAAUUUGAGAAAUGCUGGAUCCUACUAGCGGACAUCUUUGUCCAGAACAACAAACUUGAUGUAGCUAUAGAACAGCUCAAAAAGUGCAUCAGGUACAACAAGUCAAGCUCCAAGGCGUGGGAGUAUCGUGGCUACAUUUCAGAGAAAGAUUCGUCCUACAAAGACGCUGCCGACUACUACGAGUAUGCCUGGAAGUACUGCAACUUCUCUGACCCUAAUGUUGGUUUCAGACUUGGGUUCAACUAUCUCAAAGCUAAAAGGUUUGUGGAUGCCAUUGGGGUGUGUCAGAAAGUACUCGAGAAAUAUCCGGAUUACCCCAAGAUAAAGAAAGAAAUAUUGGAAAAAGCAAGGCAAUCACUUAGACCAUAGAACAAGCUACAGUAAUUAUGUAGGAACGAUUACGAUGUCAUAAUUAUUACGUAUUUAGCCGUUAAUUGUAACUCACUAUAAUAUCUAUGUGCUGAAAUUGAGUUACAGAUUCAAUUGUAAUUGAA